AUGUCGACAGAUGAGGUGUCCCUACGGGAAACCCUAUUUCAUCACCUCGUACUCCCACCCAAACUCCCUCGAACCUUCGAUGGUGAUAAUGUCGCCCUGGCCCAAAACGUCGCGGAACGUCUACAGCAUGCCUGGGGCAGAUUUCGCGGCAUCGGCGACCCAAAGGUCUGGGAAACGCUAGAAGCAUCAUUACAGGCCACAAGGAAUCUGAAUGAAGGCCCUUUAUACCAAGAUGACAUUUUUCGCGCGCUCGAGAAUGUACAGAGUUCUGGUGGUGCGGUGUGGCUUGGCAUUCAUGUUGUACCGCAGAACGCGGCUCUGAUUAUCCAUGGCGAUCCCGAGACGGACCAGAUCAUAUUCGAAGAAUUCCAGGCUGCAGCACUAGUUUCCGAUAUUCUCAAGGCAGAACAUGCACUCACUUGGGACUUCCCAAGCAGAGCCAUCGCAGUCUCGUCCAGCGACUUCAACAAUGAGUCCUUCCUUGAGAAUCUAUCGCGAUUUCUCGAGGAAGCCAGUUCCAAGACGUUUGAAAAAUUUGCAGCCCGCGCAUCGAAAGGAGGGCAGUCGAUUGUUGAGACCCGCGAUUGUGCAAGCUCAACACUGAUCAGCGAGAUACUCAUGUCUCUCCUGGAGGGGAUCGGGAACCCAGUACAUCCCCGCCGACUGCGCAAGCGAGUACGUGACGACGUUGUGUUGGAUCAAUCCGAGAUCCCCUGGAGACGAUCUCCCUACUGGCUUGUCCUUCGUGUAACCCUUGGGCGAAUUCUGUCCACCCUGUUGGACGACUCUCACGAGGCGAUCGGCCGUGUGUACUACAAGUUCAUUAUCUGUGUAGUACUGGCGAAUCUCCUCAGGGACUGUGUUGGAAGCCUUCAGCCAGAUAUGGUGCUUAUGAUUCAGGCAAAGCUGUGUCGGCGACUUGCCAAGCUAGAGUCAGAGAAGGAGGCUGCCUCUGGCCGUCUACGAGAGGUAUACGAUGACUUCUUCACCGCCAGCAGCGACCUCUUCCGCACUAUCGUAGCCAAUGCCAAGGCUCACGUCGCCAGCUCGUGGGAGGGGUACAAACAGGGCAUCACCCGUCGUGUUCCCACUCUCCCUUCUCGCGCUGCCGACAGUGAUCUCGUUCUGGAUUUGCCAAACAGUCAUCCUAUUCUUCUGCAGUUGCUAUCACAUCAACCAAGACCUACAAGGUCUCAUGUGUCCGUCGACAUUUCAUUACUGAACGAAGGGACAGUUUCUCAGGUCAACGAGCUGGCAAGUAAAUACAGCGCACUGGUUGACUGUUCGGAGAACAUGGUGGAUAAUAUCACCAACUGUUCCUCGAAUUCGAAGGAAGCAUGUGAGCAACUUGCUAAGAGUAUUGAAAGAUUUAUUGGGACUGUCGGAGAGGCAUAUGUGGACAACCCAUUGCUGAUGAGUCGAUACCUCCUCCAGCUGUUUGAAUUGUGGAUGCACAUGGACAUGGAGGCAACUACAAUUUGUCCACUUUUAAUGCAGUUCCACCCUAUCUUUAUUCCCAGUUCGUUGGAUGUGCUUUGUUUGCAGACCAGGCAAGAGCUUGAGCGUCUUGGUCAAGUUCAGCGAUAUCUUCAGUCACGAAUCAGUGCUCUUGCUGAAGACCAUGAAACAAUAUUCAGCGAUCCCAACAAGGUUAGCUCUUUCCCCUUUAGAUUAGGUUACUCUAGUCCAUCGAGGGAUAGCCUGGUUGUUCUGGGCGAGAAGAUUGAUUCGGUGUCACAGAGGUCGAGAUCGCAGAAGCAAUCUGAGCUUGCCCUUUUGACUCGGCAGUACGAAAUACUCACAGAGGCCAUGCAGGGUAUGGCAUGUGUAUGCACCCGAAUGCCAGAUGGGAGUCGAGACGUCCGCGGUUGCACGAAAUGUUGGAAGAAGCGAUGCCGAAAGCGACUCAGCAUCACCGCUCACGAAGAUCUACUCCCGGCCGCGACGACAGACUCCAGAAAGGCCCAUCGAGCAACAAUCCUUCUCCAGCUACGCAUGCCAGCUUACCUUUCUGCAUACCGGUCGGCUAUCUGGAAGUUAUAUGUAUUGGGUACCAAAGUACCACUAGCCAGCAAAGGGGCACCUCAACUGCUCUUCAAAGACCUCACAUCCCUCCAAUCGUUCGCCACCACCACUACAGAAAGCUGCAUAACUCUAGCUUCACGCAAGAAGUCAUUCAGUAAGACUCACUACGCAAAAAUGAGACUGCCCAAGAGGGAUGCGGAAGUUAUCUUCCCAUUUGGAGCCGAGUUUACGUACUAUGAUAGUUCAUCUUGUCUCUGGGCCGACCAACUCCCAGAAGUUCCAUGGUUUGAGCACCUACUGGGCUCCUGGAUUCCAAAGGGAAUUCGAGACCCAUACGCAUCUGUCGAGCAUUUCUCACCCAAUGAUGCCUUCCAUCCUUCAUCUUACGAAAUCAUGGCCAAUGAGUACAGUUGCCCCUCAGAACUAUCAGUCCAUGAAUAUUCUGCUUUCCAACGAGCGGUAUCUGGGAGGGGUCGGAGAUGGCUUGUCCUUCUCGUUGAGUUGGGAACUACCAGUUUUAACUUCAGCAGCGAAGCAACUAUGAAGUUCUUGAACCGACUUGCUGUACAGGCUGGUCCAGCAGUCCGAGAAUCUGGCGUCUUACGUGAAGCACACAGCCUAUUCGACGAUGAAGCAUUCUGCAAAAGGUUAUAUGAACUACUCCGUGGUCGGUUGGUUGCCCUCACAUCGAGCUGGAGAGAGGUGCAUUACAUGAGUGUACUUGUGACAUUCAGUAUACACUUGUAUAACCUGUGUCCGGACGAGUUCCGAUCAAAGGCUGCAAUGCUGUUGGUCCUCAUUCGAUCAAUUACUUGUGAAUGGAUCGCCCAUCUGCGGAAUGAAGUAAGGUCCACGUCCGAGGGUGAAGUGGCGAGCAAGGCCGCAAACUUUGCAUUCUGGGCCGCGCUACUCAAUCGCCAGACAUUCUGGGCUCUCAAGAAUAAGGCCUGCAGCCUCAGCGACGACGAUGCUCGUAGCUUCUUCCGAGCUUCGAUCGCACUCCAAGAGAAUCUACUUACCGAUGUCAACCAGCUAGAUCCAGUAUUGCGGCAUCUACUCAUUGAGGACUUGUCUAACUCCUAUGCCAUGCGAUAUCGGAUCGAAAUGUGGUUCAACAAGCAUUUCAUGCUGUUGGAAUCUUCGAUAAAUGAGACGUGGGCUGACUCGGGGACCAGCGGCAUGAGGUCAUACUCAAAUUGGAAAAUACUCUCCGGUAAACAAGCUUGGUGGGUAACUACAAAAAUUGCAAGGACGAAAUGGACAUUUUCACAGGUUGUCCAUUACCACCUGCUGCAAGGUCACCUCAUAGUCGAUGGGAAGCCCCUUGGCAGGCUUCCUCUGCAGAUGAGACAGGAUCCAGCAAUUCAAGAACUCUUUGGAGCACAACACCUCCUUACCCGUCCCUCAAGUCUUCUUGAAUAUCAACUAGCCAGUGAGGUUGAGAGACACCAGGUUCAUCUUGGUUUUAGAGGUGACAACAUUGUCAUUCAGGCCUUUUAUUACGGAUCCCUCCUUGAGUACGUCCCGCGAGGCGUGUUCAAGGGCAGUGCUGGUUGUGAUUUGCCUACCGAUCUUGUCGAUGGCUGCGUGCAUUGGUUGAACCUACACACAGGUCGUCUUGAAAUGCGCCGGAAACCGUGGAUAUGGAAGUCGAAAAUGUCAAACUGGGUCCUCGACACCACAACUCGUGUAGCUAUCCGCAACCAAAACAAAGGCGUCAGGUACGGGAAGCCGCGACAGGGGGCCAAGCUCGUGGAGCCCAGGACAACGAUCGGCCAGAAGAUUACAAGUAUCUUUAGGCACUUUGAAGACGCAGACAAGUUAACGAUCUAUCAACCUGUUGGACCAGGCACAUUGUCCGUCGAAAUGAAGCGACUUGAGAUUCGCUUCCACGUCAACCAGAAAGGGUUGCUAGAGUGUAAACAACUAGCGUCUGAAGUCGACCCCAACCAAGAUGCAGGCACCUUCUACGGACUGUCUAGCCAGCUAAUCCUGCGCAACGUCGUGAAUCCGGAUCGACGGACAGUCCUUGUCCCCAUUGGCGACAUUUUCUGGCGGCGCCGGACAAUGCAUGUGGAUGUUAGAGUGGUCAACUUGGGCAUGUAUGCUAGCUUUACCAUUGACAUGGUCCUAGGUCGGCUAGAUUGCCCCCCAGAGCCACUGCUUCUCUAUCUCAAGGCAGCUAUGCAUGCCCUAACAUCGUUCCCUCUCCCUGAUGCCCUGACACUCCGUACCGGGACCGAGGAAGCUCGGCACUGUCUUCUAGCUGCACGCAGUCAACCCUGGAGCCCACUGAAAACCUACACACAGCAGAUCCUUUCCGUGAUCAAGUGUCUCUCCCCAAAGAGACUUUACUAUCCUCCAGGCUUUGACCUCUAUCAAAAAGCAGAGUGGGACAACAACUUGACAAUGUGGAUUCAGCAUGAGGAAUUUGCCUCUCUCGUUGACUCCAUUCUUUUACAGUCACAACAGCUCGAGAGCUUCAGUGACAGUCCCGCUGCGGACGUAAAUUUCGACCCAGAAGUAAACACCUCUCAGAUACUGUACCGCCGAGGACGAAUUCGCAGGCAACUCUAUGAGCGGGUUUCUUUCCCUUCUGAUGUCAAGAUGCUGGAUGGUUCUUCGAGAACCACCCUUUACGAUCCCAGCAAGAAGACCGGAGUAGAUGCGAGCAAUCGUGUAUAUCAGACAGUUCGUGCUUUGAGAGUUAAUGGUAAUAAUAUACCCAAGCUCCGAAGCCUGUUGCCACUGGUGGAGAAAUGGGCCAGUAUUGGGGGAUUCGAAGAAACUUCGAAUACUAUUGAUAUCGAAACGCUUUUCAGUGGCGAACUGUCCCAAUUCUGGGGUUCUCUUAUACAAAUUAGCCGCCGAGAUGGCCAGUCGCAAUCUUAUACCGCCCACUUCCUGCUCGCUCUGUUGGCAUCCAAUACAGACAUUGACAUGAAAGUAGUCCAAUGGCUUGUGGCUAUCUACAAGAAUACUGAGCUCAGCGAUGUUGAAGUUCCCAAGCAUUCAUACUUCCUUAACUUUCACCACUCGGAGAAGCCAUCUCUGGCCAGUAUGGAAUUACUCAUCCUGGCAAAUCAGCCACUUUAUGCGGACUACUGCCGACAGAGACAUAGCAGUGGUCGCAAGAAGAGGGAGGUGACUGCCGUGCAAUAUGAGCAGGAAAGGCUGGAUGAAGCUACUCGUAUUGCAUCACGGGUCAUAGAUGCGUGGCCUCAUCCACCUUGUUCAGCUGAUGAGUUCAAGAGUUUGCUCGAUGGCGUUGGUGCUAAAUACAUCCACCUUGAUCAGGCUUGGAGCACCCUGAAGCCAGAACUUGACAGACUCUUGAACAAUCUUGAGCUUUCGGAGUAUCUCACUCAGCUGGAAGAGACAGCUGCACGCCUCUAUCAGCAGCAAUCGACUAAGCAGAAAGCUGCAGCUAAGGACAUCUGGUGUUUGAAGCCUGGUCGUUUUGUGAAUGCAUCACUCCUCCAAUCUAAGAGGGGAUACACAAUACCAAGUCUGGGAGAGGAUCUCAUGACACUGGAACACGACAUUGGAUCUAGUGAAGCCAUAGAAGCUUACUCAAGGCGCGAACUGAAGGCUCAUGAACCGACUAUGGAACGAUGUGCAGCUUCUCAGGAUUGUAAUAUCGCCCAGGAACCCUAUUCCCUGCCGAGAAACCUAUCAGUACUUGACCGAAUUAUCAAAAGGUUUUCCAUGUCAUCAGAGACAACCCUUCGAAAGCAAUACAGCAAAGAUCUCCAGAUGUCCAUUAUGGCAAUGAUUCAAGAUCACGGCGUAUCAGUAAGCAAGUCCAAACAGACUACAUAUACUGGUGACAUCCAGGAUCAGAGUAGUCUAGUUCAUCAGGAACUGCGCGAGUGGGAGGAUACGAUCCGAAACUCUUUGUCUGUCCAGGUUGCUGGCUUCGUAUGGCUUAACGAAGGGGGGCUUUGGCCAUGCCUUUCUCGUGUGUCGUUGCUAGAGCAGUUGAGAGAUAGCAACAGUACCAAGCUAGGUCUUGAGGUGAAGGCGGCACUGGUCCAUUACGGGACUCUGAUUACAAAACUCCAGCGAUUUCUCCGCAUACACGAUGCGACGCUGUGCAGGGACGAGAGGCGGUUGCGAGAGAACCAGGAACAACAGGCGCACUCGAACUGGAGACCUCUUAACCAUCCGGAAUGGCUUCUGUUGGAAAUUGACAACAACCUGCUCAUUCGUCCAUCUCAGAUUGACGUGGCUCGAGCUAUCAUCUCGCCCGCUUCUGCUUCCAACUCUGUUCUUCAGAUGAACAUGGGAGAAGGAAAGACUUCUUGCAUCAUACCGAUGGCUGUAGCUGUUCUAGCCGAUCGGGCUAGCCUAUGUCGACUAAUCGUUCCCCGAGCGCUUCUGUUACAAACAGCACAAGUCGUCCAAAGCCGAAUCGGUGGACUCCUUGGUCGUAUCGUUCGCCAUGUUCCCUUUUCCCGACGCUCGCCUAUGCGACUAGAGACCAUCAAUCUUUUCCAGAUGAUCCACAAAGGUAUUCGUGACUCGGGAGGUGUUAUGCUCUGUCUUCCUGAACACAUCAUGUCGUUCAAGCUCAAUGGCCUUCAGCAGCUGGUAGAUGGCGAGCUGAAGCGGGCCAAGAGAAUGACAGACAUUCAGCUCUGGCUGGAAGCAUCGUGUCGAGACGUUCUCGAUGAAUCAGAUUUCACGCUAUCGGCAAAGACCCAACUCAUAUAUCCCAGCGGUAUACCUAUGGCGGUUGACGGCCAUCCUCAUCGUUGGCUCGUCGUCGAGGAGCUUUUGUCGCUUAUAGAGGGACACAUUCCUUACCUUGAGUCGAGGUUCAGUAACGGCAUUGAGAUUAUGCGGCGUCACCAGGGCUACCCGAUUAUGCACUUCUUGCGUCCUGAGGUAGAGGAUAGUCUCACCUCACUCCUUAUUGAUGAUAUUUGCAAAGGCCGCCUGCCGCAGUUACAAUUCAAGACUGUAGUCGGCGUUGAUGCUCAAACAGAUGUGGACUCAAUCAUAUCGGGCAUGGAAGUUGACUCAUCGACUUGGCAGCAAGCUGCAGAAUCUCUGACUGAUGAAGUUUUUGGCUUAAAGAGUCUUUAUCUCCUCAGAGGACUUAUCUCUCAGCGUCUGCUGCUAACAUGCCUGAAGAAGCGAUGGAACGUUCAGUAUGGCCUGCAUCCCGAAAGAGCCCCCAUUGCGGUUCCGUUUGAGGCAAAAGGUGUGCCGUCGCCAACCGCAGAGUACGGCCACCCAGACACAACUCUGGUAUUAACCUGUCUGGCAUUCUAUCAGACCGGUCUUACACAAACCCAAGUGGUUCAAUGUUUGCAACAUGUUGUUCGCUCCGACGAUCCAACUAUGCAAUAUGAACGACUGGUUCAUGGGUGCAAGCUGCCAGCCCGCCUCGAACACUGGAACUUUCUGAAUGUGGAUGACGAGUCCCAGAUGGAGGAUCUGUGGAAACAUGUGAGAUUCGACACCAGCGUGGUGAACUACUUCUUGAAUAACUUUGCAUUCCCCGCUCAUGCCAAGCAAUUUGGCGUCAAGCUACAGGCUUCAGGCUGGGACAUCCCACUGUUGUCAAGAGACUUAAGCUCCAAGAAUCUCACUACGGGCUUCAGUGGAACCAAUGAUAAUAAGAGAAUGCUCCCUCAGACAAUCAAGCAAGAUGAUUUGCCGAGUCUGUUGCAGACGAACGCGAAAGUCCUCAGUUACCUGCUGGAACCGCGGAACCAGCGAUGCUACCUAGCUACUGACAUUGAUGGGAGACACCUGACUGAGAGGGGUCUUUUGGAGCUUCUUCGUCAGGAAAACAUAAAGAUUCUCAUUGAUGCAGGAGCUCACAUCUUGGAAAUGGAAAAUCAUGACCUUGCUGCAUCCUGGCUCGACAUUUAUCCCGAUGCUCAAGGCGCCGUCUACUUUGAUGAAAACAGCCGAAUUAUGGUCCGCGCUCGCUUUCAAAAGACGCCUGUCCCUCUGCUUGCAAGCCCAUUUGCGGACAAUCUCAACCAAUGCGUUGUAUACAUUGAUGAGGCGCACACCCGCGGCACGGACUUGAAGCUACCUCUUUAUGCUAAAGGGGCAGUCACUCUUGGCCUCGGCCAGACGAAAGAUCAGACAGUUCAAGCGGCCAUGAGACUCAGGCAACUUGGGUCGACCCAAUCAGUGGCUUUCAUUGUGCCUCAUGAGGUGUACCGGAGUAUCCUUGACUUACGACUAAGUAGCGACCAGAUGCACUCACCCGUGACAUCUUCAGAUGUGGUUUAUUGGCUACUUGAGCAGAGUUGUAAAGCAAAUGAGAAGAUGAUGCCUCUCCAUACGGCACAGGGAUUUGACUUUUGCCAGCGUACGAACGCCUUGUGGAAGUAUUCGAACUUCUUCAAAAACAAAGAAGAAAGGCUUCAGCUUCUAGACGCUAUACAACAGCGUGAGAACCAAACCCUUGAACAGCUUUAUGGUCCCAGAGAGUUCAUCUCCACCACAGAAGCUAUUGCGAAACUCGACUUCGAAUGCUUGAAAGCGUUUGCUACUCGUCUAUAUGAGCAGAAGCUCGAUUCACCGGGAGACAAUUCAUCAGCUUUUGAAGAGCUGGAGUUGGAGCGAGAAGUCGAGUUCGAAUUUGAACAGCUUCGUGAGAAGCAGAAGCCUGUCAAGUACAACGCCCUCACCUUCCCUGGUCUCGACUCAGCUAUCAUUCAAUUUGUUAGUACUGGACACCUCCAAGAAGGUGACAGGUUCAUUCAAGCUUUCGAUUUUCUGAGCAGUACCAAGAUAGGACGCAAGUUUGGUGUAGAAAGGACAUCAUCCAGACUUUUCGUGUCAAAGGAGCUCACCAGGAGCAUUGCAAACGAGGGGCAUAAGACGAAGCUCGAGGCUUUGCGACCUAUUGAAUGGAUUAUCUGGAGUUCAGAGACGGCGACAGCCCUGAUUGUCAUACCGGAAGAAGCCGAACUUCUCCUCAAGAUGCUUCGAAAUGGGCGCAAGGCUUGUGUCUCACUCUUGACCUAUGCUGCGCCUGUCACCAAGUCAAUGAGGCGAUUUAGCACGUUGGACUACUUCAUAAUUCCAACGUGGGGAAGGGGAUUAUCAUUCCCUCCGUGGCUGCCAAUCGAGAUUGGCAUUCUGGCAGGACGGUUGUAUUUCGAUUACACCGAAUAUCCCUCUCUCAUGUCAUGGCUGGGCAUAGACCAAGAUGAGCUACUAGGUGUUGGUUCACAUGUAAACUCGCUGGAAACAGUUCCAGUGGCUCGCGGCCUUUUCGUUGAGCAGCCUCUGAAAUUCCUCCAAGAGUGGCUCACCUACCGACGCCAAACUCAGGACAUUAUGCACACCCCGAUGGGCUUUAUAUGCCAAAAGAAGAUGCUUGAUAGUCAACGCUCUUUCUUUACUUUGACUGAAGCCUCUUUAGAUGUAGACGAACCACAACCUGAUACCAAGAGCGGGGCUAUGACUGUCGACGAGGAAUCGGAUAGUGACUGGGGGGAAAUUGAAGACGAACUUUUGUUGGACAGCGAAUAG